UACAUAUAUGUUUUGUGCAUGCAUAGAUAUAGUAAAAUCAUAAAGACAUGCUCCAACAUACGUGUCUCUCUAGCUAUCUCUAUAUGCUUGUGCAUGUGUUUCAAACCUAAUUCUUCAUUACGUCUUGGUAAUGCAUGGACAAACUAAUCAUGAAAGACGCCAUGGAUAUGGGAUUAUGGUGGUUUCUCCAGGCUUUCGUUGUUGCUGCUUUCACUUUGGAACCCUACUUUUGUCAUGCAGAGACAGCUCCGCAUUACAGUUUUGUGCAAGAAGCAAGCACGGCUCCGGAGGUCUCGUAUCACGACUACAUCGUAGUCGGGGGAGGAGUCGCCGGCUGUCCGUUGGCCGCGACUCUGUCGGAGACGGCCGAUGUUUUAGUCUUAGAAAGGGGAGGGUCUCCCUAUGGCAAGCCUGAGAAGACGGACAAAGGCAACUUCGUGCUCAAUAUCUUAGACACCUUUCCCGAUUCGUUUACCGAAAUAUUUGUUACGGAGGACGGAGUAUACAGCCACCGAGCACGUGCGCUCGGUGGCGGCUCCGUCAUCAACGCGGGAUUUUAUUCGCAUGCCGACUUGGAGUUCGUAAAGAACUCUGGCUUGGAUGAAGCUCUGGUAAAUGAUUCGUAUCGGUGGGUCGAAAAGAAGAUAGUAUUCGAGGCACCUGUAUCGGAGUGGCAAGCUGCAGUGAGGGAUGGGUUGCUUGAAUCUGGGGUUUUACCUUUCAACGGAGUUACGCACAGCCAUGUAAAUGGGACCAAGAUUGGCUCAACCAUUUUUGAUAUGGAUGAUCAUAGACACAGUGCAGCCGACUUGCUUGAGUAUGCUGACCCAAAGAAUAUCAAGGUUUACUUGCAUGCCACAGCGCACAAGAUCAUUUUUACACAAGAAACAGCUGGAUCACGACCAAAAGCUGAGGGGGUGAUCUUCGAGGAUGAAUCGGGAGUAAAACACACAGCACUUUUAACAAAGAACACCAAGGGCGAAGUAAUCAUAUCAGCAGGUGCCAUCGGGAGCCCACAGCUGUUGAUGCUGAGCGGAAUCGGACCAGCCGAUCAACUAGAGGCACUUGGCAUCGAGGUGGUGCUGGACCAGCCCAUGGUUGGCCAAGGCCUUGGCGACAAUCCAUUGAACUUUCUUUUUGUUCCUUCCCCUGAGCCUGUUGAGGUCUCACUCCUCUCGGUUGUGGGCAUAUACCUGCCUACUAAUUAUAUCGAAGCAGGCAGUGGAUUCAAUUUGCUUCCUUCUAUCGGCUGGAUUCCUGACUUCAUCCUCCACUUCUUAAACCAGACCAACAUCAGCUCUUUCUUUGACACGAGACUCAAGGGUGGCGUUAUCCUUCAUAAAGUCGCUCGUCCACUGUCGACCGGCUACGUCGAGCUCCGGAGCACGGAUCCGACCGAGACCCCCAAAGUGAGGUUUAACUACUUCAAAGAACCGGAGGACCUGGAAAUGUGUGUGCGAGGCAUGCAGACCGUGAUUGACGUCGCGAGUUCCGAAUCCUUCUCGGACUUCCGUUUUCGACUGAUCCCGACGCAGCUUCUGGUGGACCUGGUGGCGCUGGUCCCCUUUAACCUGAGACCUCGAAGCCUUGACACUGCAAAGUCUUUGGAACAAUUCUGCAAUGACACUGUGAUGUCGUUUUGGCAUCAUCAUGGAGGCUGCAGUGUUGGUAAGGUGUUGGAUCACGAUUACAAGGUGCUCGGCGUUGAUGGACUUAGGGUUGUCGAUGCUUCCACCUUUAAUUUCACGCCUGGAACUAAUCCUCAAGCUACCAUUAUGAUGCUCGGAAGAGCCAUGGGAGUAAGAAUUCAGAAAGAAAGGGGAAUUAGAGAAGUUCAUCCCACAUCGUAUGUUCACACCAUGAACUCGGAUGAGCUCUGAGCUCUUAAACCCUAACAUAAGUGGAUUGGUUGGCUGUUGGUUUAUUUGUCAUAUAAAAAUAAGACAAAGUGAUGUACGUUGUUAGAAAAAAAUAAUAAUGGAAAAUCAAAAAUAAAAAUAAAAUUUAAUAGUGUUUAAGAAACGUCACGUUGUUAAUCUCAGUCUAACAUCAAGCUGAAUCUGCAGAACAUGUUAUUCCUUUCCUGCCAAAUAUAAUAAAGGAAUAACAAUAAUUUGAUAUUGAUAUUUUUUACCUUUUUA